AUGGUUGAAAAAUUGUUGGCUGCGAAAGAAGAAAUAGCUCGUCGACAUUCAGAAACUAUUGAUGAUGUGGUGUCUGUUGUUAUGGAAAAAAUUCGAAACAAUCAGCCCUUUGAAGGGGAGUUGACUGCCCCAACUGGACAUUUUAUACCACCAAAAUCACACCACAAGAGAGCAGGAAUUAGUGGAGGACAAAAGAUGGUUCAUCAACAACGUUCUGGAAUUCCUGUUAUGGGGCAAAUGAAAGCAGAAGAGUCAAUACUGCGCCAGCAACAGAAAGGUGGGACGGUUUUGGCUUCUGUGACAAAUGAAGGUGUUUUGACUACAGCAACACCUACAACGGCAUUCAGGCAAUUUUUCACAUUUUUUUAUUUUUAUCAAUUUUUUAAGUCAUUUUUCGCCUGGACAGUCAAUCGUUCUUCUCCAAAACCCUCUCUCUUCAAGUGGGCCAAUUCAACUUCCCCAGUCUCAAAUUUCUUUUGGAGGGCUCCCUUCAGUCUCUCCAACAUCCUCAACUUACAAAUCACGUCAAAAUGCUUACAAUAAUGGACAA